GGUAUCAACAGCGGUCGGUGGCAGUUCGAGUUUGUCGUCAGAUCGGGAAACGAGCGUCGCGCGAUUAGGAAUCGAGUCGUUGGCGACGUGUCCACGCGUUGUGUGCAGCGUUCAAUUUCUGUUGCUUCGAUCGAGUCGUUUGCUCGCGGCAUACCGACAUGGGUUAAACGGUGCUUUCUCGAACGGUAAUCCGAUCGUGGUUCGCGCGUAAUCUUCUACCGAGCUGUGUUUCCAAGUGAAUGUACUAGUGUUUGGCACCGCGAGUUCUCCAAUUUAAAAAAAAAAAAAAAAAGUGCGGAACGAACCGACGAUACGCUGGUUCACCUCUUUUGUUGUGUUCGUAGCGAGUGGGAAUACAUAUAUAUUCGCUGGAAAGGUGAGAGGAUACGAUACCUAACGUUGCUCCGUUUGAACCGAAUGGACCGUGCACGUCGACGUCGACGUCGAAGACGAGGGAUAAAGUCGUCGACGACAGCGCGAAGAAACGCGGAUAAUGCAGCAACUACGUGACCGACCGAGUAGCGAUCACCGAUACGAGAGAAGAUCAACCUCGACCUCGAAACGCGCGCAAGACAGUGUAUUACUCUCGAAGAGCGUGCGCGAUCGGAGAACGGAAACUACCGAGGAAAGAAUUAUUUCGGUUGCCGUUCGCUGACCGUGUAGAAAACGUUCGUAUCCUCGGCGACCGCGAACGUCUACGAAGAGGUUCCUGCAUUGGUCCAAGAGAAACCGUUAAUCGGCCGAAGUAGGACAAAGUGCAAUAAUCCUACUUAAGGAAGUACCUACGUUCUGUGCACCUUCCUCGGGCAUAGAAGGCCAACGAUCCUCCGGAAUCGUUGAAACGCGAUCGAAGAUCGAGAAAUUUUAUGUAGGAAGAUUGCAACCAAGUACCUUGUAACGUACCAAAUAAAUCGUCUCGCUUUUCAAAGAAAUUUACGAAGGGCCGGGAACGACGAGCCUCGAGUAUUUUCGCAAGAAAACCAUCGUUCCGAUCGCGUAUCUCUUCCUCUCGACGUGCUUCCUCUUGCUUCGUUUGCGCAAACGAUCGAGAAAGACGUAUUUUAACGAGACUGCGUUGCAAAAUACGCGCGAUCGCGUGUGCAGACGGAUGGAUUAGCAAAGAUAACCGCGAGUUCGAUCGCGCGACCGACCGACGCGUCUAGAAUACGGAAAGAGUCGUCGGUUGGUGGUGUGCGCAACAAGUUACGGGAAGCACGUGACUGUCGGGUCAGCUAGCUAAGCAAACAUCCGAUAACGCUGGUAGCGACGACCGCGAAACUCCCGGCUCGCGAUUAAAUAACACUCGAAAACUAUCGUAACGAAAGAACUCGCUGGUCGAGUCGAAAGGAUGCGUGGAGGAUUGUAAUCGACGGUGGUUACGAAUUACGGAAGUCGAGACAGGGAAUCGGAGUAGACUCGAACCCGACCAGUUUCGUCCUUCGUUUGUCCCAUUGGUAGAUUCUCGAGGACACCGAGAAACAGCGAACUGGUCCAGUUCCGGUGGGACACGAUAAUCCUAUUUCACAGGAGGGCGCAAAAUCUUUGAAUGACUUUCCCAUUUUGUGGCUUCAUUUUCGACUCGUCCGACGACAGGACGAGACAAAUGCCAGUCGCUUCGGAAGACUGGGUGCCGCACCCGGCCAAGAUAACCAGUUCUAUCACCACCGUCAAAGGUGCCACCAUCCAAAGCACCACCACAGCUUGGAUGUCGCCGUACAGCAGAGCCUCGCCGUCCGAACGUCCGUCUUCGAACAAUAACAACAUCAACAACAAUAACAACAACAAUGGUGUUGUCAUACUCGAAGGCUGCAGACCGCCCGCUGCCACCACGGCUAGGAGAUUUCUCAGGUGGUUCAGCAGACUGGGACAACCGCCGAUGGGAAAGUCAGGGGUGCUGGAGAUGGCGGCCACAGAGAGCACGAUCCGAUUCAGCGGCCAUACGUUGGACAAGGCUACAAAGGCCAAGGUAACGUUGGAGAACUACUACAGCAAUCUAAUAGCUCAGCAUAUCGAGCGGAAGCAGAGGCUCGCGAAAUUAGAGGAAUCGUUGAAAGACGAAGGGCUCUCGGAGCAACAGAAGCAAGAGAAACGGUUGCAGCAUGCUCAGAAAGAGACCGAAUUCCUUCGGCUGAAGCGCUCUCGACUCGGCGUCGAAGACUUCGAGCCCCUCAAAGUAAUUGGCAGGGGCGCUUUCGGAGAGGUAAGACUCGUGCAGAAGAAGGACACCGGCCAUGUGUACGCGAUGAAAAUUCUGAGAAAAGCUGACAUGCUGGAGAAGGAGCAAGUCGCGCACGUCAGGGCCGAAAGAGACGUUCUGGUGGAAGCUGAUCACCAAUGGGUCGUGAAAAUGUACUACAGCUUUCAGGAUCCAAUAAACCUGUAUUUAAUAAUGGAGUUUCUACCAGGAGGCGAUAUGAUGACGUUGCUGAUGAAGAAAGAUACGCUUUCCGAGGAGUGCACGCAAUUUUAUAUUUCCGAGACGGCGUUGGCGAUCGACUCCAUUCAUAAGCUAGGCUUCAUUCAUAGAGACAUCAAGCCGGACAACCUGUUGCUGGAUGCACGAGGUCACAUAAAGCUCUCCGAUUUUGGGCUAUGCACGGGCCUGAAGAAGUCUCAUAGAACCGAUUUCUAUAGAGAUCUCAGUCAGGCGAAACCUUCGGAUUUCAUGACGUCCUGCGGUAGCGGAAGCGGCGGAGCGAUGGACAGCAAAAGAAGAGCCGAGAGCUGGAAGAGGAACAGGAGAGCGCUGGCUUACAGCACAGUAGGAACGCCCGAUUACAUAGCUCCAGAAGUAUUUUUACAGACUGGCUACGGACCUGCCUGCGACUGUUGGUCCUUGGGCGUCAUCAUGUACGAAAUGCUUAUAGGGUAUCCUCCAUUCUGCAGCGAAAAUCCGCAGGAGACGUAUAGAAAAGUUAUGAAUUGGAGAGAGACUCUCGUGUUUCCACCAGAAGUUCCCAUUAGCGAGGAAGCUAAAGACACUAUAAUUAGAUUCUGUUGCGAAGCUGACAGAAGAUUAGGCGCUCAGAGGGGCAUCGAGGAGCUCAAGCUGGCACCUUUCUUCCGUGGCGUCGAUUGGGACCACAUCAGGGAGAGGCCAGCCGCGAUUCCAGUCGAGGUGCGUUCCAUCGACGACACAUCCAACUUCGACGAAUUUCCUGACGUGAAAUUGGAGAUACCAUCAGCGCCGAUGCCUCAGGACGGUGAGGUAAUAUACAAGGACUGGGUAUUCAUUAAUUACACGUUCAAGCGAUUCGAGGGUUUGACGCAGCGAGGCACGCCGACCAAGAAAUAGCAACACCCAACUUCAUGCUCGGUUCCAACCGGCAGUCAACAGUCUGACGACGCAACUGGAAUUCCGGCCUUGGUACAUCACCCGCACCCUCCGUUAUCAUCGGCGGCAUCACGGAUGGAUGGCUGAUCCGUUCCAUUUUUCGAACACGGUCCAGUCAAUCAUCAGGGGCGAAUCAUCGUUUACAUGUGUACAUACGUGAUUCGAUGAGCACCGCGUGCGUACGUAUAUGUUAUUAAAGAGACAGAAGAAGAUGAAGACGACGAACAUGACAAAGACGAUGACGAUCAAACGUGCAAAAUAGUCGUGUCGUUGUUUGCAAAGAACGAUAAAACGAAGUGAUAUCAAGAUUCCGGAAGCGAGCGAUUCCGAAAAUUGUUGCACAUGUGAUAAGGAUAAAACCGAAACAUUUAGCGUACCGCGACUUUGCAGCGGUCCACCGCUAUGAGAAACAUUUUUAUUUCCGUUUCAGCAGUCGAUAUUGUUUUCCAUCCGAUCUUCGAAAGCGUAGCAUAAUAAGCUCUCUGUAGUGACAAAUAUUAAUGGGAAAGAAAAAAGUAAAUCGAAGAUGGAGCCUCGGUCCCGUGAUUCUCGCAGUGCAUACAAUUUUUGCGUAGAAGUCCGUUCGGUGUGUGUGUUCUUUCGUCAUUCUUAACGAAAUACUGGCUCAGCUCUCGUAUUCAGCUCUCUUUUCGACGUUGUAUUUAUAGCUAGUGCUGUGAUAUGAAAUUGUUUGAAAGUUUUGUAUACAAAUUGCUGUUUUGUCUGUUAACAAAUACUGAACUUUACGAACGUUGUAUUCUAUUCGAUCGCCCCCUACGUUUGUCCAGAAAAAUUUAGAAAUUUGUUGGUGUAAACGAACGUAUUUUAUAUUAUUAUAUAUAUUUUUGAGAGCUUUUGCCCGGAUAUUUGUUAUCCCACACGGAACUGCACGAAGAAUAAUCGGCAAAUUGUUCUCCGAUCGUGUAUUUAACCUUCUAGAAUUUUUCACUUUUUACGUUGCCGAUCGUGUCUUGUACACGAAAUAUUCGGAAAUGUAUAUCGGCGUGUAAACGAACGUUUUAAAAAAAAUUUUUUUUUUUCUAAUUUACCAAUAAUUAUGGUUUCGCUGCAAAUCGCCAUAAUUCGGAGUAACCCAAUUACGAUAUAAGCUUUGUGACACGAGCUUUCUCGCAUAACUUUUGUGCUUUGUGGUCUUUUGUAUCAACGUGUAAUGUAUUGUGAAAUAAAACCUAUUCCAGUUGAUUAAAUUGGUGGAAGAAAGAGAGGCGGAAAAAAAAAUACGAUUGAGACGCGGGAAGGAGAAUCAUAUACAGGUACCGGGUCUCUUUCUUACGGAGAAAUUUGCGGUAAAGUUUUUGUUCGCGCCCGAGUAUUAUGAAAAUCUUAAACCGUUAAGAGCAUCCUAAAGAGCGUGAAAAUGGAAAAGAAUACACUCGUAAGAUUCAGGGCUCCUUCGUUGCCUUAUCAAGGUUCCUAACGCGUGACACGCGCGUCAGCCCAAAUCCAUAACUUACAAAGCCAACAUAAAAAAUAAAGAGAAAGAGAAAGAAAAGCAGUAAUAUUUGCAUCGCUGGGUAAAACAUAGGUAAUAACGAAGAGUGAAGAAAUGAACGAUAACGGCGAAAUUGUCGAGGCGAUUGAACCGAACUUUGGUAUAUAACUUUUAUAUUAAUUUCGAUGGAAAAUAUAUAAAUUUGAAACUGA